GUGCGACGGUGCCAUUGUAUAAACUCUGCAGUUUUAAGGAGUUGGUAGUAUCACCCACACGGACCGCGUUACUCUGAGUGGAGGGGGACAAGAAGGCUUUGCUGGUUUCAACAGACUUUGUCUCGCAAAGUGAAUUAAGAGAUGCAGAGCUGCGCCAAAUCAUGGGGGGUCCUCCUGGCCAAGUCGGUGAACCCCAGCGCACCGUGCAGGCAUCUGAAUGAUAAGAGCCGAGCGGUGUGGAAACUUCAGUGCAGGAUCCGACGCAGCUCAGCGUCCCUAACAACAGCAGCCCGGGGUCUGAGGACAUCGGCUGCCGUCUCCUCCAGGCAGAUAGACAGAAUAUUACCCAGACACGAUGAUUUUACGGAGAGGCACAUUGGUCCAGGUGAGCGGGAGAAGAGAGAGAUGCUGGAUUUACUGGGAAUCGAGACGAUCGACCACCUGAUCGAAAAAACAGUCCCAGCCUCCAUCCGUAUUCAGCGGAGUUUGAAGAUGGAUGAUCCAAUCUGUGAGAAUGAAGUUUUGGAGGCCUUACAGAAGAUCGCAUCAAAGAACAAAGUUUGGAGGUCUUAUAUUGGGAUGGGUUACUACAACUGCUCGGUCCCGCCACCCAUUCAGCGUAACCUCCUGGAGAACGCCGGCUGGGUGACUCAGUACACGCCUUACCAGCCUGAGGUCUCUCAGGGUCGCCUGGAAUCUCUCCUCAACUAUCAAACCAUGAUCUGUGAUAUCACAGGCAUGCCGGUGUCCAAUGCCUCACUACUUGAUGAGGGAACUGCCGCUGCUGAGGCCAUGCAGCUGUGCUACAGACAGAACAAAAGACGAACAUUCUACAUUGACCCACGCUGCCAUCCUCAGACCAUUGCUGUAGUGCAAACCAGAGCCAACUACAUUGGAGUGAAAACAGUCCUAAAGCUGCCUCAUGAGAUGGACUUCAGUGGCAAGGAUGUGAGCGGUGUUCUUUUUCAGUACCCAGACACUGAUGGCAGAGUGGAGGACUUCACGGCUCUUGUAGAUCGAGCACACAAGGGAGGGGCCCUGGCUUGCUGUGCUACUGACCUGCUGGCCCUUUGCGUUCUACGUCCUCCUGGAGAAUUUGGUGUUGACAUCGCUUUGGGGAGCUCCCAGAGGUUUGGGGUUCCCCUUUGCUAUGGUGGUCCACAUGCUGCCUUCUUUGCAGUCAAAGACAACCUGGUCCGGAUGAUGCCAGGCAGAAUGGUUGGAGUCACCAGGGAUGCUGCUGGUAAGGAAGUGUAUCGUCUUGCUCUUCAGACCAGAGAGCAGCACAUUCGCAGAGACAAGGCGACUAGCAACAUUUGCACUGCACAGGCUUUACUGGCCAACAUGGCUGCCAUGUACACACUGUAUCAUGGUCCCCAGGGACUUAAACACAUUGCCGAGAGGACGCACAAUGCUGCUUUGAUCCUUGCUGAAGGUCUAAAGAGAGCAGGACACCGGCUGCACAGCGACAUGUUCUUUGACACACUAAAAAUAAACUGCAGUGUGGCUGCCAAAGACAUCUUGGAACGAGCCGUGCAGAGGCAGAUAAACCUGAGAGUCUACUCCGAGGGAGUGCUGGGUGUCUCAUUGGACGAGACGGUGACUGAGAGGGACUUGGAUGACUUGCUGUGGGUCUUUGGCUGUGAAUCUUCAGCUGAGCUAAUUGCAGAAAAGAUGGGCGAGCGGGUGAAAGGGAUCAUGGGAAGUCCGUUCAAGAGGACAAGCAAGUUCCUCACACACCAGGUCUUCAAUAGUUACCACUCUGAGACCAACAUUGUUCGGUACAUGAAGCGCCUGGAGAACAAGGACAUCUCUCUGGUGCACAGCAUGAUUCCACUGGGCUCCUGCACCAUGAAGCUCAACAGCUCAUCAGAGCUCAUGCCCAUUACCUGGAGGGAGUUUGCCAACAUCCACCCCUUCGUGCCUCUGGAUCAGGCGGAGGGCUACCAGAAACUUUUCAAGCAGCUGGAGAGGGAUCUCUGCGAGGUGACGGGCUACGACAAGAUCUCCUUUCAGCCAAACAGUGGCGCUCAGGGAGAAUAUGCUGGCCUGGCAGCCAUAAAAGCCUACUUAAACUCGAAGGGGGAGAGCUCAAGAAGUGUCUGUCUGAUCCCCAAGUCUGCCCAUGGCACCAACCCAGCAAGUGCUCAGAUGGCAGGCAUGAAGGUUCAGGUGGUGGAGGUCGACAAAGAUGGCAACAUCGACUUGGCGCACCUCAAGGCUCUGGUGGACAAACACAAGGCAAGCCUGGCAGCCAUGAUGAUCACCUACCCUUCUACAUUUGGGGUCUUUGAGGAAAAUAUCAGAGAUGUGUGUGAUCUGAUUCAUAACAACGGCGGGCAGGUGUACCUGGAUGGAGCAAACAUGAACGCCCAGGUUGGUUUGUGUCGCCCUGGAGAUUACGGCUCCGAUGUGUCUCACCUGAACCUGCACAAAACCUUCUGCAUCCCUCAUGGCGGUGGAGGACCCGGCAUGGGGCCAAUUGGAGUGAAGGCCCACCUUGCCCCCUUCCUGCCAAGCCACCCGGUGGUUGCCAUGCAGUCAGUCAACAGCAGCAGCUCGCUGGGCACCAUCAGUGCCGCUCCCUGGGGCUCCAGCGCCAUCCUGCCAAUCUCGUGGGCUUACAUCAAGAUGAUGGGAUCAAGGGGACUGGUUCAUGCUACAGAGGUCGCCAUCCUCAAUGCCAACUACAUGGCCAAGAGGCUGGAAGGUCAUUACAAAAUCCUCUUCAGAGGCACGAAAGGUUUUGUUGCUCACGAGUUCAUUCUGGACGUGAGGCCAUUCAAGAAGUCGGCUAAUAUUGAGGCUGUCGAUGUGGCGAAGAGGCUUCAGGAUUAUGGUUUCCAUGCUCCCACAAUGUCGUGGCCAGUGUCUGGCACGCUCAUGAUUGAGCCCACAGAGUCGGAGGACAAAGCUGAGAUGGAUCGGUUCUGUGACGCCCUGCUCGCUAUCCGCCAGGAGAUCGCAGACAUCGAGGAGGGGAGGAUGGACUCCCGCAUCAACCCGCUCAAGAUGGCCCCUCACUCUCUGGCAUGCAUCUCAUCCUCAAACUGGGACAGGUCAUAUUCCAGGGAGUAUGCGGCUUUCCCCUUGCCAUUCAUAAGGCCUGAGACCAAAUUCUGGCCAACCAUCUCAAGGAUUGAUGACAUCUAUGGAGACCAGCAUCUUGUGUGCACCUGCCCACCUAUGGAGGUCUACGAGUCUCCAUAUGAAGAGAAAAGAGCAUCCUCAUAGACACUGUCUGUAGCCCUGUCCCAAUGUCCAGCCUGGCCUCCAGACAUCAGUGGAGCUCUGAGGCGUCUCUGAUGUCCAUCAUAGCCUGAUGGGUGGAUGUUGGGACUGGGCUUACCACAACUCAAACUAUUCAAACGGACCAAAAGAUGCAACUUCCUGCUUACUUAAAUAAGAACACCCUCCAGCACAGAGGCAGCUCCAUAACACACCCACCCUUUGAGCUGAAUGCGGUUCAUUUUAUAGACUCCCAGUAUGGAUUAAAAAAAAAAAAGCCCUUUGUGCCUGUUAUUUUUUUUUCUGUAAAAUAGCCAACUUUAAGUUGUCCCUGAAUUCCUGAGAAAUAUAAGUGUUCUAGUUGUAGGUUUUUGUUAAUAUGCAUUUAUUAUUUGAAACUCUUUUAAUGUAUGUUUGUCAACCUAGAAAGCUGUUUUAAUUUUAAAAGAACUGUUUUCUAAUCCUGUUUCUUCUGUAGGAAAAACAAUGUCUGCAUUAAACGUGUUUACCUU